AUGCCUCGACAGUUUGAUGGUGAGAUGCAUUGUGGACGGACGGUGGAAGGCGAACGCAUCGAAACUUCAGCACACGGUAUCGGUUCAACGCACGAUAAUCGAGUACCGCCUACUACCAGGAUCAAACCUCGACGUCCACGAGCGACUAUGCGCGAACGACAAAGAAUGGCCCAAGUCAACCAGGCGUUUGACAACCUCCGUCGGGUGGUACCUAGAGGACAUAUGACGGAAUACCAGCGGCUUAGCAAGAUUGCCACACUUCGUCUGGCUAUCCAAUAUAUCCGGGCAAUGAAUCGCAUCUUGGGUAAGUCACACACGUUCAACUCGGAACGUGCACAACAAAGGAAUAAGCACAAGGAACAGACGACCGCCUGGACCAAGGCGGCAACUGCGCGAAACUGGGGGACAAGCUCGACGCAAACAACCGCUCGACCAACUGAACAUGCAUCCAGCAAAACUGGGUAUGUGAAUGGUAGUGGGUCGACAGCUGUCUCGGAUACAGAUGACCAAAUGAGGAAACUACACUGGUUUGACUUUGAGACGGUAGAACAAAAAACCCUGGUCCUGUUUGGCUACACCUCCGAUCUGGGAUGGGACCCCACAGACGAAUACCUUUCUUCAUCCGCUGACCUGAGCUCUAUACGAGAAGACAAACCGGAACAAGGUUACAUUCAUCAGACACAACAAGUGGAACAGAGGAUUGGAUAUGACACAGAAGAAGCCCCGUACAUUCUGCGGAAGGCGGAACGAAACACCGAACAGAUUCCCGAGAAUUUACACAGCCAAAAUUCAUUGAUGCUGAACGACCGCGAGUUCAGUUAUGUCCCGUUCAAUCUGGACUACGCACAGCAACAACAAGCUUCCUUCGUUACAACACAAGGCCUUUAUGCGCACGAAUAUGGGACAAAUCAAUCAACUGAUUAUUUGAGUGGGAUAGGAAUGCGAAAUGACUGGUGCAAUGACGGUUCACUGCCAAUGUGA